GUUAACGGUACAGGUCCUGUUGUGUUUACUCCAGAGCCGGGGCAUUGGGCCAUUUCAGUUAUGAAUUACGUCACACAGGCAGUUGCUCCGGCUGGGAGACAAUAAGACUUUGACAGCACAGAUCUACGCGUGGACGAUACAGAAAUCAUGGCUCGGAUUAACGGCCUUUUAUCUUUAUUUCGGAGGACAGUGAAGUGUUAUUUAUUACUGUCAGCAGUUUUGAAUGCAGUAGUAUCUCUAAAUCCUCAGACUUGCCGUGAAUGUAUAUUACGUAAUACGUGUCGUCCGCCAGCGUGCUCGUGCUGCAACGACCACAUGCCGAUAUUGUCAAGAAACAAUACUCCACAGAUGGUGUUUUUCACUUUUGACGAUGCUAUCACUCCCUACGUAGCAAAUUUCUACAGGGAACUUUUUGAUUCGAACAGAACAAACCCAAAUGGAUGUCCGAUUAAAAUGACCCUUUUUGUUUCGCAUGCAAAUACUGUGUACAGUCUCGUCAACGAAUUUUACAAAAAAGGUAUGGAAAUUGGUGCACACAGUGUCUCUCACGGACACAUGAACAAGCUGACAUUUAAAUCAGAAGCGAAGCUACAGAAAGAAAAUAUAGCAAGAAAGGCGGGUGUUCCAAUGUCGGAAAUCAAGGGAUGGCGCAGUCCUUUUUUGGAACCUAUUGGAGACCAACAGCCUAAGUCACUCAAUGAACUAGACUACACCUAUGACGCCACGCUAACCAUAAGCAAGAAGGGAUUGAAGAAGCCUCCAAUACCAUUCACAUUAGAUUAUGGGUGGCCGUAUGACUGUAAAAUCAAACCAUGUCCAGCUUCCGCUCACAAAGGAUUCUGGGAAGUGCCAGUGAUCUCUGUAAUGGACCACUUAGAACGAUUUGAUUGUGUUUACGUCGAUGGCUGCCAUACACCACCUCCAGACGAGGAAACUGCAUUUAAAUUUCUGUGGGAUAAUUUCAAUACGUAUUACAGUGGUAACAGGGCACCUUUUGGAAUGAAUAUGCAUGCGUCGUGGUUUUACUAUCCCGACCGGCUGCGAGCUAUGGACAGAUUCAUCAAGGUUCUCAGCAAACUACCCGAUGUGUACAUUGUGUCGGUAAGUCAGGUCAUUGAUUGGCUAAAGAAACCCACUACACUGUCUGAUAUGCAUAAUUUUAAACCUUGGGGUUGUAAAAAUCCAAAAAUAACAACACAACAUCAUCGCCGUAAAAUGUCAAUGCCUAGUGUAAAAACUCCUAGCAGACUUAACAGAAACAAUUUCUUACACAAUCAUGCUGAACAACAAAGAAAACUGCGAGCCCAGCAGGCUAAACUCAAUUUUAUGCGGCGACAAAAACAAAGAGAACAGGAACAAAAGAGGUUGUUUCAACAACACGGCAUACAAAAUUCACAGCACAGUGGUAUUCAACAACAAAGCACAGCUCAGAAGCAGAAUAAGAUUCCAAUAUCUACUGGUACUCUAGGUCGUCAGCAGUACAUUUGGCUGCAGCGACAAAGGGCUAGACCAAAAUUUAAUGCGCGGAAGCAAAGUCCUAUUAGAAAAUCGCGAAUCACCUGGCAGCAAGCAUUAAGACAUCAGGUAAUGCAUCACGUGCAACAGAGCGUGCCUUCGACGACACCAAAGAGCGUAGUGUGGGAACCUUUGGCAAUUACGAAACCUACUAUGCCUUCAAAGGAAAAAAUCCAAAAACAGAAGGAAGAGAUGCUGAUGAAAAGGAAAAGACAACAAUUAGAAGAACAAAAGAGACUAAUGAAAGAGCGUCAAGCCGCCGAACAGAAAGUAAUAGCAGAAGAACAACGCCUAGAAGUGAAAAAACGCCAAGAUGCACUCAUGCAUGCCAAAAAGGAAAGCAUGAUUAAGUCGAAGCACAUGCUGCCUAACAAUAACAUUGGGAACAGUAAAACUGUAUCUCAACAGAAAAAUACUAUUCACUCUAAAAAGGAACUGAGAGAACUUUUGCGUUUCGCUGAGAAUAAUCUCGUUCAAUCGCGUCUUCUGUUUGGUGUUGGAAAACCGCAAGAGACAAAACCAAAAGAUUUGUCUGAAUUAAAACAGACAUUUCGAAAUGUCCAGCAACAGGCAGUAGUCACAACAACAGCUGCGCCGGUAAACGAAGUUACAACUGAAACUACUACUUCUACUACUGCAUCAACAUCAUCAACAGCAACAACAAAUCAGGAAAUGUCGUUAGCGACAGAGGCUAUCAAUGCACACAACUUCCUUUUCGACAGUUUUCAUGACGUUGUUGGCAACAACAAAGAACUGUGGACUUGGGCUAUUCCUAAAAAACGUCAGAGCAAGAAAGUUGUGAAAAUGCAAUCGACACUACCGCCGAUAAAGGUUGCUACAACAGGAGGUUUUAUUGAUUUUAAUCCUACCAAUGUGUAUUCAUCAGUUCGUACUGCGAAGGAAAAGUCUUCCAAGCAACAAAGUACAGUGGCACCUCUUUUCAAAGCCAAGUCUGUGCAAUAUUCUAUCCCAGAAGAAGCCACGCUUAUUGAACCUAACAGGGGUUUAGACAGGACAAUUACACCUCUUUCUCUAGGCGCUAAACUACCAACAAUGCACCCUGUUAUUCCCAGAGAGGCAUGCAAUCAAGGGGUCACAUGUUCUUUGCCAGACUGUAAUUGUUUGUCCUCGAUCACACCAGGCAAUCUAAAAUCCACAGAUAUUCCUCAAAUCAUAUACAUUACUAUCGACGGAGAGAUCAAUUUUUCGGGUUUCACUAAAAUGCGUUCAUUGUUCUCUCGUCAACGGAAGAAUCCUAACGGAUGCCCUAUUGGGGCGACCAUGUUUGUAUCGCCCACUGGAUCUAGUGUUCGCUUAGCAGACCGCAUAUAUAAAGAUAAUGUCGAAAUCGCUCUUCAAGGCCUUGAACCUACAAGCGGAAAAUCAUUUAACACUGAAAUCAACGAUUAUAGGACAAAGCUAUCGAAGGCAACAUCCUUCCUGCCAAAUCAAAUCACCGGUUAUAGAGGUCUAGACUUCAAAUCGUUAACCGACAACGAUAUGCAAGUUUUGCAGAAUAAAUCUAUGUACGAUUCCUCAAUGGUAACUAAAGCAAAGGUGUGGCCGUUCACCCUUGAUUUCGGAUGGAAAGGAAAGUGUGAAAACGGCGCAUGCCCUAAGGAUACGUAUGCGGGAGUAUGGGAAGUACCUGUGGUACAACUGACGAAUGGCAAGACAAAGGAAAGCUGUAAUUAUGCAGAUGGUUGUAAAAGUCAGCCUAACACAAAACAAGAUACUGUUAACUUUUUGCUUGAAAAUUUUAACCGACAUUAUAAAUCAAAACGUUCACCUUUCGGAAUACAUUUGAGUCAAAAAUGGUUCCACUGGUAUUACCAUCAUAACCUUUCGGGACUUAAUAAAUUCCUGGAUCGUGUGCUGCUAUUGAAAGAUGUGUACAUAGUGUCAGUAUCAAACCUGAUCGACUGGGUAAAGCAGCCCACGGUUCUUAGCCGUCUUAACGAAUUCCAGCCAUGGCAAUGUUUAUAGAAGUAAACCUAAGUAGGUUUUUGGACCAUGUGCUACCGACCGGAAAAACAUCCUAAGUUACUGAAAACUGAGUUAUUAUAACCUCACUGUAGAUAUAUAGAUAUUUACUGACAAUCAGUAACAGGAAGUGCUUAUUUCCGUUAAGUGUUCGUCAGAAUCGACCAAGCGGUUCGGUUACAGGGUUGACACAAGGUUAUCAAACGAGAAAACCGGUGACUAGAAACUAGAACGUUUUGCUAUGAUACAAUGAGUCUGUCCGAAUGUGACUCAAAGCUGGACAUAAGACAUGGCUGGCGGGCUUUUCUGCACCUGUGUAGAAUAUCUGAUCUAUCACUAACACCUUGGCCGAUAAAUGUAUUGACAUGACACCUUAACACCGACGUUAAUGGCCGCCAUGUUCUGUGUGCCGGGCAUAGGUCAAGUAUUUAUCAGGAUGUGUCUGAUCGUAUGACACCUCUUUAUUAUAGUGUGAAUGAUUUGAUUAUUGAGCGUGCAAACGCAAAUCGUUACUUGGGAAUGUUUAAUUUACUUUAUAUAUAUAGUAAAUAUUUAUUUGUUUAUUUGUUUUCCUAUACUCAAUGAGGUGUAUAUGUCAAGUGGAAGCAAUUGUUAUGUGCUGUAAAUUCGAGCAAACAAACAAACAGUAAUCUGACCUUUCCUGGAAAAUAUAAAAGUACAAAUACAUCUUGAAGGGUACCGUUUAAUCAGAGUAUCUUAGUGCUGCCUUUAGAUAAAUUAAUCACGCUAUCCAUUUUCUUUUAUUCUCCUUUCAACUAGGAAUAUAUGGAUGAGCCUCUCAUUUGAAUCAUCUGCAAUGGCAAUAUGCUUAAAUUUCAUUGUUUUAAUAGGCUCGAGCAUUGUAAAAUAUCUAAGCUUAUAUCAAUGCUAAAUUGGUGCCAUGUGGAGUAUAUUUAGUUUCAAAUUUACUCUUAUGAAACGAAUUCAUAAAUAUUCCAUUACUAUAUUAUAUUUAACUAGGUAUAUUGUUCCAUUUAGAAGCCUCUUUUAUCUCAUUUUAUUCUGUAAUUACUGUUUAACAAGAAAAGAGGUAUCAUUUUAAUUCAAGAAAGACUGUUGUAAAUGACAGCUGACUAGAUAGUGUCAUCCUUGUCACUAAUGGUAAUGCCGAACAAAUGCGGGAACAUAAAAUGUAAUAUACAUAAUCACAUCCAUAAGGAAAUGAGGGAUGUAUACAUUAGUAAUGAUCACGCAUUUGCGUCAGGCAUAACCUCCGUUACCGGAAAUCAAAAAUUAUUCCUAUUCUAUGUGAUAAAUUUGUCUUUUUUCCAUUAAAAACUUAUGAAUAUGAAUAUUUAUUGCUUCCCGUUUAUUAUCAUAUAUAAUUAUGUUUUUUUUAAAUAUUGACUAAUUCAUCAGCACACCUAUGGUAAUUUCUUUAUAAAUAUUAAAUAUGCCUUCAGACUCAUUGUAAAUUUAUUAGUCUUUUUUGUUUCUACAAAUUAGCAAACUUUUUUCUUUUCUGGAAUUUUUGAUGAAGUUCCCCAGAUCUUCUGAUAUUGACCUUUUAGGUCAUUUCAGUGUAGAUUAGAGACAUAUCUUGCUGAAUUUAGACACAAAUUUCUUUUUAAGAAAUAUUAUUAGAUAUAAUACUUUGAUAGAAUCUUGCUUUAUUACUAUGGGUAUGAUAUAUGGAAUAUUGUAUCAUCACUUGUAAUUAUAUAGUUAUAUAAAUGUUGACCAAUCAGAAUGGUGCUUUCGCCUCAUUGAAAUCCACCGAUAUUUCUGUUCAGAUGUUAAUGGAGCGAAUAUGUAAUAAGUGGUCAUUUGAAUUUACCAGAUGUUGACAGGAAAUUGUAGAUUUAGGAUGAGUAACCAUUUCAAAAUGACACAUUCUUCUUGUCAAGUGCAACUUUGUUUUAUUUUUCCUUUUAUUUAUUUAUUUUUCAUUAAGGCUGUAAUUGAUAGCAAAUCGUACUGAUGUAAUCAUUUUUUACUCAUUAAUAAAGUAUUUACCUAUGAAAAAUGACGAAAUAAUGACGGAAAAACUACUUUUUUGAAUAAUUUAUUCGAAGCUUUCACCAUAAUAUUAUCAAAACGGUUCAUAAUUACUACCUACCUUCCGUAAUUAUAUUUUAAUGUCUCCAAAAUUCUUUUGAUAAGCCAGACGUGUUUUGUAUAUCAUUACUGUGUCACCAGCCUCGAUUUUUAUUUAUGUUCUGAGGAGUGAAAAAAUAUGCUGACAAAUAGCACGACCUUGUAUAUAAUUAUCAUCAUUGUCAUUUUCUGAGACAGUAAACACGUCAUCACGUGAUUAAUCAUAUUCGCCCGAAAGCUUGGAUGCUACCACCUUGACCAAUAUAGAUACAUUAUGGAGUCAAAAUUUGACAUUUUAUUAUUAAUUGGUAUUUCAAAUUUUCACUAUUUUUAGCAUUUCUUUCUAUGAAAGAACAAUAAAUAUUCAUUUGGACAUUUACCCGAAUUACUCAUUUUUGCUUAUUGUUACUUAAAAUGUUGAAUGCUACCGUGCUGUUAAUGUGAAAUGAUGUGAUUUGGUAAUGAAUAAAAGAUAUAAAAACGACUAUUAUCUUUUGUAUGAAUAUGAGGUGGCGACAGGGUGUGUAUAUUGGUACGUCAAUGUUAACGAAACGAUGAAUUAUAUGUAUAUAUUCAAAUAUUACACGGAUUUAGAUAUAACCAUAAAUAUCAAAUAAAUUCAUAUAGUCAAGAUAGGUCUUGAUUUUUAACGUAUAUACAUCUCAAUUACACUAUCUCUCAUAAUAUUUGAUAGCUUCUACAGUUAGCUGAGAGGAAAUGAAAAGGAAAGAAGAAAAUUCGUAAUUGCAUAAUGUCAGCUACGCCAUAAGUAAACUGAUGACGUGCGGGAACGAAACAGUACAAAGAUGAGCUAAGCAUAAAUAAAUGAAAAUAACAACA